CGCCAGCGAGGCUGCUAUUGUAAGCAGUGUCCUACCUCGACUGCGCAAUACCUCACACAAGUAUAGUCGCUAAAAAAGCCUAACACUUCAGCGAUGUAAGUUUCUGCGUAUACGUACGGUAGAUCGAUUACACGUCGUCAAAGCAUACCGCAGAAUACGCAAUGCCGGGUGGACGUCAAACCUACCGCAUGUUUGAAUUACUGCUGGUUAUCACCCUGGCCAACACCAUUUUCAGUGUUUCCACGCGCACAUUGAACGAAGGGAAGAUUUCAGGACUUUGCACACGCUAUAGCAAGUGGGAAUGCAAAUGGAUUGCUGAAGACUCCUGUCCACCGCGCAAAGUUAACCUGACACCGUGUCCUUCGAAAAGAAUGAUUGAUUGCACUGAAUGGAUACUCAGGUCAGGUAUAAGAUUCUGCAGCUGCGAAUGCGGAAGUACGAGAACUGGAGUCCGAAAAUACCACAAACGUUAAAUUCAACAUAAUCAGCAUUUGUGUUUCUAUUGCUGUGAUUUGUAGGAAAGUGUCAGCAAUGAUUAAAAAGGAUUAAAGGUUUCUUCAAGCAAGACAAA